AUGAUAACUUCCUUGCUGUGGUUCUCCCUCCCGUGCCUGGUGCAAGCCUUUGAGAGGCCUGAGAGAUGGACCAACAAUGGAAGUUUGGAUGGAGACUUUGGGAUCCCCAAUGUAUCUAGUUUUUUCCCCUGGGGCAACUACUCAUUUUCAGAUUGGCAGAACUUCGUAGGCAGAAAGAGAUAUGGGGCAGAAUCUCAGAAGCCUAUGGUGAAAGCUCUGCUCAUUGUGGCGUACUCCUUCAUUAUUGUCUUCUCUCUCUUUGGAAAUGUCCUGGUCUGUCAUGUUGUCAUCAAGAACCAGCGAAUGCAAUCGGCCACCAGCUUGUUCAUUGUCAACCUGGCAGUAGCUGACAUAAUGAUAACCUUGCUUAAUACUCCCUUCACUUUGGUCCGCUUUGUGAACAGCACAUGGAUAUUUGGGAAGGGCAUGUGUCACAUCAGUCGAUUUGCUCAGUAUUGCUCCCUCCACGUUUCAGCCCUGACCCUGACAGCCAUUGCUGUGGACAGACACCAGGUUAUCAUGCAUCCAUUGAAACCCCGAAUCUCCCCUACAAAAGGGCUCAUCUCUAUUGCAAUCAUCUGGAUCAUGGCCACCUGCUUUUCCCUCCCACAUGCAAUCUACCAAAAACUGUUCACCUUCAAAUACAGUGAAGAUGUUGUCCGUAGCCUGUGCCUCCCAGACUUCCCAGACCCAGCAGACCUCUUCUGGAAGUACCUGGACCUGGCCACCUUUGUUUUGCUUUACAUCUCACCCCUUCUCAUCAUCUCUGUGGCCUAUACCCGCGUGGCCAAGAAGCUCUGGCUGCGCAAUGCCAUUGGCGAUGUGACCACAGAGCAGUACUAUGCCCUACGGCGCAAAAAGAAGAAGACCAUCAAGAUGCUGAUGCUGGUUGUGGUGCUCUUUGCCGUCUGCUGGUUCCCCUUGAACUGCUAUGUGCUCCUCCUCUCCAGCAAGACCAUCCGGAGCAAUAAUGCUCUUUACUUUGCCUUCCAUUGGUUCGCCAUGAGCAGCACUUGUUAUAACCCCUUCAUCUACUGCUGGCUCAAUGAGAAUUUCAGGUCCGAGCUGAAGGCUUUGCUGAGCAUAUGCAAAAAGGCGCCCAGGCCUCGAGAACAUAUACUUCCUUCUACUGUGCCCUCUUACCGGGUGGCUUGGCCAGAGAGUGACAACUGCAAAAGGGUACAAGGUUCUCACAACCGGCCAACUGCCUCCAAUGUUCAUUCAGCUAAGACAGAUAUCUCGUCCGUAGAGCCUAUUGUGGCAGUAAGUUAA